GCUGGGGCUCAGGCGGCCGUGUGCUGUGGUCCUGUUGGUUCCACGGCCUAACCAGCCUCCUCAAACACUCAAGAAUAAGUGAUAUAACGCAGAACAGCCUAACUAGCCCCCUUAAACACCCCAGAAGAAGAAGGAACAGGUCAAAAGAAAAAGAAGAAGGGUGCGAGCAACAACACGUGUGGAGGGAGAGACGGAGGGAUGCUGCGGGGAGCGGACGGGGAGGAAGACAAAAGAAAAGGACGGGGGGUGGAAGACACCCUCAGAAGAAGAAGAGGAGGAGGAGGAAGGCCUUCAAAGUGAUAUACACAAAACUAAAGACAUCAAAACAAGAGAACAUCCCAAGCCAUGUCCCUAAGACGCCCCAACUCCAUCUGCUACAUGAGCCUGGCCGAUGCCUUCCUGACGCGGCUUCGGCAGGAGGCGGAGAGCAGGUCCAAGAGUGCCAUGGGGAAGGGCGUGGCGCUGGAGGUGGUGGCGGUGGAGGGGGACAGGCAGGAGUUCAUCUACGGCUACCUGACGAGGGUGUACGAGCGGCGGCAGGGCACCUUCAGCAAGCCCAAGGUGUUCGCCAAGCAGACCAUCUAUGAGUGUGAACGCAGCGCCCAGUGCAAGGGCAACUCCAGCGGGGACCCUACCAAGACGCGGGCCAAUGGAUGUUCGGCAUACGUGUCCUUCCUGUUCGAAGAGGGAGCCACUGUGACUGCUUGUGUCGUGCGAUCGCGUCUCACACACAACGGACAUGACCCCACCAACAGGGAGGAAUCACGCGUCAGCCGCAUUGACCUCUCCCUUCGCUUCAUGAUCGAGGGGCGACUGAGUGCGGGGAUGCGGGUCAGCGAGGUCAUGGGUGAGGUCGCCAAGUGGAACAAGACUCAGGGUUACAGCGACCACCACAACCGGCGCUUCUUCCCAACACGACAAGACAUCCAGCAAAUCGCGCUCUCCCUACGGCGUCUCCAGCGAUCCCUACACCCCAGUCAAGCCCCCCGGAGGAAGACGAGGCAGUACGACACCCCAGGGAAGGACGGUGCGACUAGGGUGCUGAGGGGGGAGCUGCGGGAGUGGUGUGUGUUCCAUCAGACGAGGACAACUGCUGGUCCGUCCCCGCGGCCGCUAGUUGUGGUGUUGCAGAGUGAUGCGAUGAGGGAUGUGAUGGUGCGAUUCGGGGAGGAGGUGCUGUGUAUUGCGAGGAACUAUGAAGGGCUGCGUCAGUAUGGGUGUGCGGUGUAUGUGUUAGCAGUGCGCGACGGGGGGGGCGGCGCGCACCCUGGGGCGUAUGUCAUCACCAGCAAUGAUGAGCCGAGAACCUUCACCAAAGCACUACGGGAACUCCUGACACACUGCCCCCUCAUGCCCAGAGUCGUACUAAUGGACCAGGAGCUGAAGGGUUUCUCUGAGGCUCUGGCAACACUGCUUCCGGAGACCACCUUCCUCAUCCCUUGGUACCAGGUGGCCCAGUCCCCCCCCCAUCAGGGACACGCAUGGCUGCAGAGUCAGGUGUCCGAUGACCCACACCUGCGGAGGAUGCUACUUCAGUGCCUGCAGGAGCUGAGGGGCUGCAGCACGAGGGACGCACUGAUGGAGGGUCUGGCCGGCCUUGGGGAGCAGGGCGGGCUUGAGGGCUUCACGGACAUGCUCUGGGCUGACUGGCUGACGUGUCCCGGCCUGUGGUGUGACUUCGGUAGGGCGGGAGUGUGGGAAACCAAAGCCCGGUCUGUUAUGUACGAGAGGUUCUUCUUGAGACUCCCGCACCAGCUCCUGAAGGGACUACACAGCCGGAGGAAGCUGCCCGACCUCCUGAGGCUCAUCGCGGAGAACGUGACCCAGCGGAAGAAUGCUUCCGAGGGCCUGCUAGACAUGUCCCUGCUACUGGAAGGGUCUGCAGGGGAGCACGCCGGAAGCCUCCUCAAACAGGGAUGGGGGGAGCUCGUAACUUGGCAGGGGGAGUGGGUGGCUCACGUCCCCUGCCACACCCUUCUCGAGACCUCCUACCGGAUCACCCUGCCAACCAUGGAGUGUGAGUGCCCCUGUCUCACCCUGGCGGGACCCUGCGUGCACCUCUGCCUGGCCUCGACCCUGGCGCAGCUCCGGCAGGGCCCCUCGCUACAGGACGAACGGCAGAGGCUGGCAGAGGAGGCGUUGCAGCAAGGGAGUUAUCUUCUGGAAGGGGGGAUGUGUGUGGUGUUCCAUAGCGAAGGUGUGUGUGUGACAGGGGCUGGCGAUGGUGCGUGUGUGUGUACGUGUGUGUCAGACGCCCUUGGGACACCCUGCAUUGGCGCCCUGUUCCUUGGCCUGGCAGGGUUGGCAGGGGAAGGAGACCCAACACACAUCCCUGACACCCUACCCAGUCCACCUAUCACGUCACUCAAGGAAGAACCAGACCCUUCACAUCUUCAUCAGCCCCUCAAACCAGCCCUUCAACAGCCCCUCAAACCAGACCCUUCAACCAUUCACCAGCCCAAACCAGCCCCUUCAUCCCUUCAACAGCCCAAAACAGCCCCUUCAGCCCUUCUCCAGCAGCCCCUUAUCCUCAUACAGACUCACACCGGCCUGCCAGUCCCCCAGACCCCUGAGACCAAGGACGCAGACCACAACCCAUCCUUAGACCAUCCUGUAUCCUCCAAAGACCUCAUCAAGAAGCUACAUGACUGGGCCGCCUCAAAGGACUUCAGAGACUCGGAGGUCCUUCAAAGCAUCCUACGGGCGGCCCAUGAUGCUGUUUUUGGAAGUCCUACGCAUCCUACACUGACCUCCUCCCCUCCUAGACCACAAGCCUCAGGGAGUAGGAAGUUGAGGGCAGUGGUGAGGCCUGUCAAGAGGAGGAAGAAGGAGGAGGAGGAAGAGGAAGAGGAGGAGGGGUAUCUGUGGUUGUCUCCUCCUAAAGUGACUAGGAGUGGACGGACUGUGAGAAGCAAGGAGGAGCCAGACUUUGUGACCUGAGGAAGGGAGAGGAAGGGAGGGAGAGAGGGAGAGGAAGGGAGAAUGUUACAGAGAGGGAGAGAGGAGGAGGAGGAUUUUGUGUCACAGGGGGAGAGUAAGGGAGAGAAUGAGAGAAAAGGGAGGAAGGAAGGGAGAGAAUGAGAGAAAAGGGAGGAAGGAAGGGAGAGAGGGAGAGGGAGAGGAAGGGAGAAUGUUGUAGGGAGAGAGAGGAGGAGAAGGAUUUUGUCAGAGGGAGAAAGGAAGGGAGAGAUUGAGAGAAAGAAGGGAGGAAAGGAGAGGAAGGGAGAAUGUUACAAAAAGGGAGAGAGAGGAAAAGAAGGAUUUUGUCAGGGAGAAAGGAAGGGAGGAAAGGAGAGGGAGAGAGGGGAAUUUUGUCAGAGGGAGAAAGGAAGGGAGAGAUUGAGAGAAAAGGAAAGGAGAGGGAGAGAGAGGAGGAUUUUGUCAGAGGGAGAAAGGAAGGAAGAUUGAGAGAAAAGGAGAGGGAGAGAGAGGAGGAUUUUGUCAGAGGGAGAAAGGAAGGGAGAGAUUGAGAGAAAAGGAAAGGAGAGGGAGAGAGAGGAGGAUUUUGUCAGAGGGAGAAAGGAAGGGAGAGAUUGAGAGAAAAGGAAAGGAGAGGAGGAUUUUGUCAGAGGGAGAAAGGAAGGGAGAUUGAGAGAAAAGGAGAGGGAGAGAGGGGAAUUUUGUCAGAGGGAGAAAGGAAGGGAGAGAUUGAGAGAAAAGGAAAGGAGAGGGAGAGAGAGGAGGAUUUUGUCAGAGGGAGAAAGGAAGGGAGAGAUGUGAUUUUAUAGGGAGAGGAAGGGAGAACAUUACAGAGAGAGAGAGAGAGAGAGAACGUAGAUGUCCGAGAGAGAGAGAGAGAGAGAGAGAGAGAGAGAGAGAGUUUCGGUACGUGUUGUAUUAUAAAGAACAACAACAACAGUACCCAACCAUUGUGCUAUUAUCAUCACCACCAUCACCAUCACCAUCCCCAUCAUCACCACCCCCGUCAUCACCAUCCCCAUCAUCACCACCCCCGUCAUCACCAUCAUCAACUCCAUAACACCAUUUUCAUCAUCACCAUCACUAUUAUUAUUAUUUCUAUUAUUAUUUAGCACCCAUUAUCAUCUCCAUAUCGUCACCACCAUCAUCUUUUACUAAUAAUUUAUCUUGUUUCGAACGCUCAAGUUUA